UUUUUAAAAGUUUUUAUUUUCAAAAAUGUAAACACUUUAAAUAAAAUAUCAAAAAUGUUAUCACAAGAAAAAUUAAGCAAAUAUAACAAUAAAUGUAGAAUAUGUCUAACAGAAAGUGCUGUUAAAGUUCCAUUUACGGCUGUUUUAGACAACAAAAAUUGUGAAAUAACUGUGGCAGAUGCAUUAAAAGAAGUAAUGAAUGAUUUGGGUUCUAAAGAGUUUCACAUAUUAACGUACAUUUGCAGAAUGUGUCAAGGAUUUUUGAGUAUUGCCUAUGAUUUAAUAAAACAGUACAAAACAGCCACAGAAAUUUUAAAAGGAUGUUGUGAAACACCUCACAAAGAACCAAAAGGUACUGGAAAUGUGGAACUAAUCAUUGGACAGGAAAAGUACAAUCUUAAUGAAGUUUUGAUAGUUGAAGAACAGUCUAAUAAUAAAAUAAAUUAUGAAGGAUUUCUAAAAAACUUGGGAAGCACAAUUUCGGCAAAAUUCGUAGACAAAAAUUACAAAAGUAAACCUGUGGAACCAGAAUCUGAAUUGGUUGUUCUGAAAAAGGAUAAGACUGAAAAUAAUAUCAUCAUUGAAGAGCUUUUAGUAAAUGAUUGUAUGAACCAAGACACACCUAUAAAUAUUGACCAGUUUAUUAUCGAGACUUCUUCUGAUAUUCCACAUCAAAUUAUUCCAAUGCAAAUGGUCUCAAACACAAAUGUUUACAAAUGUGAUACUUGCCAAAAGGAGUGCAGUUCAGAAGUGCGGCUUUUCAACCACAUGAAAAUAUGCAUGGAUAACGUGUAUGCAGAUGUACAAUUGAAAACAUUCAUCUGCCCUAUUUGUAAAGGCUCUUUCGUAAAAAGAGACGCUUUAAUGCAACACAUUCAAACAACACAUGGGCACACAGAAAAAGCCUUCUUCUGCAAUAAAUGUGAUCAUGUGGCAUAUUCAUCGAGUGCCUUAACUUACCACAUGCAUCUACACAAAGAUAAAUCAUAUCAGUGUGAAAUUUGUGGCAGGGUCUUCAAAACAAAAUUUCUACUGACUAAUCACAAACAGACUCAUGACCCAGUUACAAAAGUGUUGUGUCCAAUUUGCGGGAAGGGUUUUAAUUAUAAAAAUGGACUGUUUUACCACAUGAGGAUACACAACAAGGAAAGGUGUUAUAGGUGUGACUUUUGUGAUAAGUCUUUUUAUAUGUUGAAUUCAUUAAAAAGACACAUGAGGACGCACACGGGGAUUCGGCCUUAUGGAUGCAGUUACUGUGCCAAAAAGUUUUUUUCCAAAGGGGAAGUGAGCAAACAUGAAAUGUUGCACACUGGAGUGAGACCCUAUAAAUGUCAGCAUUGUGGGCAGGGAUUCAUUACCAAGUUUAACUUGAAAAAGCAUUAUUUGACUCAUGGUGGUCCUUACACAUGUGAAUAUUGUGAUAGGAAUUUUAUAGGAGAGAGUUAUUUGAAUAUACACAAGAAACUUAAGCAUAAAGAGUUAUUUAACAUUUCUGUUUAAUGUUUCCAACUGUUAUUAAUAAAUUAUUGAAGAA